AUGAGUAGUGGAGAGAAAAGUUCGAGGAACUUCCAUUUACAUCAUCAAGGGAAGAAGCAAACGAGGGAUGUGCCGAAAGGGUGUUUGGCGAUCAGGGUGGGGUCACAAGGGGAGGAGCAGCAGAGAUUCGUGGUGCCUGUUAUGUACUUUAAUCAUCCCUUGUUCCUUCACCUGUUGAAAGAAGCCGAGGAUGAGUACGGCUUCGAUCAGAAGGGGACCAUCACCAUCCCUUGUCAUGUUGAACAAUUUAGGAAUGUACAGUGCUUGAUUGAUAGAGAAAAAUAUGAGAAUUCUUCAAGAGCGACUGUAUCCCCUGCAUUCUAUGCUACACGACUAAAACUGAACCGAGAUUUCUGA